CGUCACUCCAGAUUUCUCCUCUGAUAGGAGGGCAUCAGCGCUCCCUCCCUCCCACACAGCCUCGCUUCGCUCUCUCCAUCGCUCGUGUUUACUACAGCCUGGGAGAGAUGGUCGUAUAAAUUGCCUGGGAGUGCGCAUAUCGCAGCAUCCUCAGAGGGGAAUUGAAAAGGGGGAGGAGGUGUAGGAUCAAGAAAACAACCCAAACAAGGAAAAAUAUCUGCGUUUUCUAGCGUUUGAAAUUAACGCAGGAGAAAAACAGACCUCCACAGAGAGCUGCGAUUGGAAACCCGCACUGGAUGUAGAGGAGAGAAGGCUGAGCGCGGAUGUUCAAUACACGGACAGAGAAAAUCAGAAAGGACCAAUAAAUCCUAGAGAGGAAUAAUCUUUUGCAGUCAUCAGCGAUGGACUCCAGUUAUCGGCAUUGAGUUUUCUUCAGUCCUUCUGAUGACCACAGUCACUCAUGGCCCUCAUGCAUGAACCUCGCGCCCCAUCGCCCUCUCUUUCCGGCUUCAACACACCGCUCUCCGAUCCUCCGUCUUUUCGCCGCCUCGAUGCCGAAACACCCUGCACGCCAGAAAUGGACUUGACCCCAACCCAGUGCGUUCUUCGCAACGUCCUCUCCAUAGACACCGGAGGCGCCGUGGAACCCGGGGGUGGAGGAAGAGAGGGGCACACCACCGGACACAACCAGACACCCUGCGAGGAACAACAGGAGCACUUUGCCAACAGUGUCCUGAAACUCCAUGAACACGAUGGCGGCCCUGGAAGGACGGAGGGAGAGGGACAGGAUAUGGACAGCAGUGCGGUCAGGAGCCAGGCGAAUGACGCCAGGUUACAGUGCCAGUCUACAGGAGGGGGAGGAGGGUUUUUGGAGGGGUUGUUUGGGUGUCUGCGGCCUGUCUGGACAAUGAUCGGCAAAGCCUACUCCACGGAGCACAAGCAUGACCUGGACGAGGAGUGGGAAGUCCCAUUCGAGGAGAUAUCGGACCUGCAGUGGGUGGGCAGCGGAGCCCAGGGCGCCGUCUUCCUCGGUAGAUUGCACGGGCAGGAAGUGGCUGUGAAGAAAGUGCGGAACAUCAAAGAGACGGACAUCAAGCACCUGCGGAAGCUCAAACAUCCCAACAUCAUCACCUUCAGAGGUAUCUGUACCCAGGCGCCUUGUUAUUGUAUCAUCAUGGAGUACUGCGCCCAGGGACAGCUGUACGAGGUGCUGAGAGCAGGGAGGAAGAUCACGCCAUCCCUGCUCAUGGACUGGGCCAUGGGCAUCGCUGGAGGCAUGAACUAUCUUCACCUCCACAAAAUCAUCCACAGAGACCUCAAAUCACCCAACAUACUGAUCACCUAUGACGACGCAGUGAAGAUCUCCGACUUUGGCACGUCUAAGGAGCUCAAUGACAAGAGCACUAAGAUGUCCUUUGCUGGCACUGUAGCCUGGAUGGCCCCCGAGGUCAUACGUAAUGAACCGGUCUCGGAGAAGGUGGAUAUUUGGUCAUUCGGUGUUGUGCUGUGGGAGAUGUUGACAGGAGAGGUGCCGUACAAGGAUGUGGACUCCUCCGCUAUCAUCUGGGGAGUGGGCAACAACAGUCUGCAGCUGCCCGUGCCCGACAGCUGUCCAGAGAGCUUCAAACUGCUGCUGAGGCAAUGCUGGAACUGCAAGCCCAGAAAUAGACCUUCGUUUCGACAGAUUCUCCUGCAUCUGGACAUUGCCUCAGCGGAUAUAUUAUCAACCCCACAAGAAACUUACUUUAAGUCUCAGGCGGAGUGGAGAGAUGAGGUGAGACAUCAUUUUGAGAAGAUUAAGUCCGAGGGCACAUGUCUUCACCGGCUGGACGAGGAGCUGAUAAAACGGCGCAGGGAAGAGCUGAGGAGGGAGCAGUCACUGGACAAGAAGUACCCAGGCUGCUUCAAGCACCACAGUACCAGACAGUCAGCCUCCUCCAAUUCCAUGGAGAAGCUCAUGAAGAAACGUAAUGUACCUCAGAAACUGCCCUCACACAGCAAGAGGCCAGACUUACUAAAGUCAGAGGUCAUCCUCCCUAAGCUGGACUCGUCCAUGACACAGGUCACAAUCCCCAACAAGGGCUCUACCUCCCCCGGCCGCUCACGCCGAGGAAAACCUCGCUACAGAAAGGCUGGAAAAGGCAGCAGUGGCGACCUGGCUCAGCUGAAAGCCACUCUGUCCUCGUCUUUAGCAAUGAUCAAUGCAACCUCGUCUGUUCCCAGCAAGCACCAUCUAGACCCCAGCGCAGCCCUCAGGGGCUUACAGCAUGACCUUCUACUCAAAAAGAUGUCCUCCUCCAGCCCCGAUCUUAUUUCUACCACUCUGGAGGUCGAGGGCAGGAGGAAAGGCCAGGUGAGAUCAGGGCUGGACAGAGCGGGCAGUCAGAGCGCCUCAGCUGGGCUGGAAGAGAGCAGAAGGACCGAUGGGCCAGAGCGGGGCAAUGACGUGGGCGUAGGCGGGGAUGACUUGGCAGGAACGCCUCCACGCAGCGAUACACCAAGCGAAGACGCGGCAUCUAUUCCUUUUUCCAGUAGCCCUGACUCCCCUUGUGGCAGAGGAGCAGCGGCGGGCAGGGCGUCCGCACUCGGGAACACUCGCGUCACCCACGAAGGUGAGGAGAAGGAGGAAGGGACGGUGAUUACACGCUCGCCCAGAAGUCAACGGCUUACGCCUUCAGCACUGCUCUACAGGGCAGCAGUCACACGCAGUCAGAGACGUGGACUGUCAUCAGAGGAGGAGGAAGGAGAAGUGGACAGUGAAGUGGAGUUGCCGAGGAGACGGCGGCCUGUGAGCAUCACCAAAUGCCAGUCCCUGUCGACCUUUAGCUCGGAGAACCUAUCGGUGUCGGACGGUGAGGAGGGCAACACUACUGACCACUCCCACAGCGGUACGCCCGACGUGGUCAGCACCAACACAGACGAGCGACUGGACGACAAGAGCGACGACCUGCUGUCUCAGGGCUCGGAGAUUCCUGCUGACCCGUCUGACCCGACUCAGCUGGGCUCCGACGGUCUGUCUGAAAAAGAAGCCAUUCUGCAACAAGUCAAGACGCAGCUCGCCUCAAAUGACCCCAAUUAUGAGGGCCUGUAUGAUGACUCCGACUGUGACAGUGCAGAACUGGACCAUUCGUGCACUGCAGACCCCAGUCAACCUCCAACCAACUGGUGAAAACCGGACACCUCUAACCCACUGCACCACCUGCAGACCUGGCCUCUCAAUACCUCCUUCACUCUUAGAAACUCUGAGUCAUUAUCAGGGACAUCGCAGAGAGGCGGGAAAUUGAGCAAUGUGUUCUUAACCACAUAUCCUGGUUAAGGAAACAAAAAAAAAAAAGGAAAGUCGCAUUUCCUUUGGAGAUGAAUGCAGCACGGCGAUGUGAAAGUGAAUCGGGGCACUAUCCGAGCUGACGGCACCUUUUGUUCUCUGAAAUCACAUCAAAUGACACCUCAGCGACACAAGCUUCGAUCAAAGAGGCGACGUCUGCACCGUCUGUUGUCAUAUUGUUUUCGUGUCCUCCGUCAUAAUUCACGUCUGUUUUUAUUUUUAUCCUAAUGAAAAUGAUCAUGAAACUAUUUAAACGUCACGAUCACUGGAGACGACCAGUGUCGCUCCUUUUACUUAUAAUUUAUGAAAUCUAAUUUAAGACUUUUUGUCUUUGGAAAAAAAACAACGUAUGCACUGUUUAAUUUAUUAGAAAGAAAACAAUGUUUACAUCUUUUUGUGUCGUUUACAUUAUUUAUAAAUCGUGUCAUAGAUUACGUUUCCAUUUUCUACUUCUGGUUUUAAUAUCGGUGUAAAUAUGGGAUGUAAAAUGAACAAAUUUUUAAAAUGUGAGAUUGUAUAAUUUAAGGUGCUGAUGUUUCUAAUUAGGUGGAACUAUUUUAUUUGAAGCUCUCGGUAGUAGAAUGUACUGUAGCUGCUGUUCGUGUCCGAGCAUCCGAACAGGAAGAGGAGGAACAAACAUGUGAACAAGGAAAAAGCAAUAUGUCUGCUCUGGUCUCACAGCCGGGUUCUUUUAGGACAGAUGAGCUUUUUAAAAAAAAUACUUAUCGCACGUGUUUACUGUAUUUAAAAAUGCAAGGUCAUUUUAAAACAUAUUCCCCCGUUUAUAGCGUUGAGAAAAAGCAUGCGAGUGAAAUAGUAGGGACACCUUACUGAAGUCAAACGCCGUCUCUGUGUCUCGGCUCCAACAUGAGAACAUCUGCAGAGAUUUCUACCCUCCAGUGCCGAGUAACUGAAGGCACAAGAAACGCCAAUACAGAUCCUACAGCCUGGUAAUUUUAGACGCCGAAAAUCAUUUAUGCAAAAACCCGUUUGUGUCCAGUAACUGAUUCAUCUCAACAUCAUUUAUCUCUUUAAAUGUGAACAUUUUGGACCCAGACGUUGCCAUUUUCACGCCUACUUAAUUUGGCCUCGCCGGCUGAAAACUUCGCCAUCCACUGGUUAUUUUUCACUCUUGUAAGGGCUGCGUCAUAAACUGUGACACCUAAAACCCUUGUUUGUGUUUGUUCUCCUUGGCAAAUGUCCCUAAUGUGCGCCUGAAUCUGACCGUACAACAGCACAUCACGUUACUCCACGAAUCCACGACUGAUCAGGUCACACUCUAUAAGCUAAAACUACAAAAAGGCAGCUUAUUUUGUUCAUCAAAGAAAGAAAGAGACAGGUUAUCUUUUGCAGUUUAUAUUUGUAGAAAGAUUUUACAGAUUGUGGCCCCCCCAAGGUUUGAAGCUAGAAAUCCUCCUGCAGGAUUAAAAUGUUGCCAAAAAGCAAGACUACUGCCCUCUAUUGUCCAAUCGUGGAGGUACUCAUGAUGCUCACCGAAAGCAACCCUGUUAAAUGUUGGCUUUUUAUACUGCAUUAUCGUAACUAUAUUUAAAAAAA